GUUUCAUCCCAACAAUACAGAUAGGACACUUCCAAAGGAUCUCAAUUUGAGAAGGAAAGGGAGCCGUGAAAUUUGGAAAAUGAUGGGCAGUUCCCGUUCAUGGGCUUAUAUGCGGAUCAUCGCCGGUACCAUUGUCGGCGGUGUUCUUGGCUUCUAUGUAAUGCACCGCGUUGAAGUUGGCUAUAAGGAGAAGAUGAAAGAAAGAUUAAGACAAUACGAAAUCGAACUAAAGAAGAAAGAACAAAUGAAAGAGCUUGAAGACUCGUCAUAGUUGUUUUUGCAGGUGCGGGAUACAUUAUCUGAUGCUGCAGUCUCUCGGAAGUUUGGGGAAUUUUUUGUCAACUGGGCUUUGUCCUUCAAGAUUUGAAGCUGUUUGAGUUUGUCACUAUUCAAUUCCCUGCAUUUUCGUGUGGCAGGGCGUUUGAAAUCAUGCGAGUAUAUACCCCAUUCCACCACUAAGAAUUUUUUUAUGGCUUGAAUUUGUUGGUGAAUGUUCAUCGUGGCGUCAAAUUCAGAAUUUUUAUUAGAAAGGUUAAUGGAUCCUUGGCGCUCUCGAUUAAUGCUCAUACUUCAUUGCAUUUGUACUGUCAUAAACAUGGGUGAAUGAAAAUUGGAUUUCAUAUUCAUAUAUUCGUCCUUGAAAUGCUGAAAAAGGGCGACUUUUCA